AUCGCCAUAUUUUAUUUGUUAAAUUUCGCUGGAAGGUUCAACCCAGAUAGCUAUAUCAACACAACAAUACACGGGCAGACAAACCAGACGAUUUGUAUUCAUCAUAAAGUCAAAAAGUCACUUGGAAAUAGGUCAUUAAAUUCAAAUAAAGAUUUGAAGCAUUUGUUUUACAAUUUGUACAAAAAUGAAUGAAGGCAGUAUUGCAAGUAGCUGUUGAAGCUUGAGUACUGAAGUAUGGGAAAUUGCUGUGGUAGUGACAGACCUUAUAUGCAGUAUAAGUAUGCCCCAAUUGCAAAGUCAAUAAAUCAACUCAAAGCACGCUAUGAUGUUAUAGUAAUAGGAUCUGGCUAUGGUGGUGCAGUUGCUGCUAGCCGUGCUGCUAGAGCUGGACAAAAAGUUUGUAUUCUUGAAAAAGGACGAGAAUGGCUUCCUGGCGAUUUUCCAGAAACUAUGGAUGAAACUGUAAAAGAAAUAUGUUUGAUAAAAUAUGAAGACAAAAAAGUGUUAGGUCACCCGUCAAGUUUAUAUCAAUUCAACAUUACAAAAGAUAUUACAGUUAUGACAUCGUGUGGGUUGGGCGGUAGCUCCCUCACUGAUGAAGGUGUUUCAUUAGAUUGUAAAUCGAAAGUAUUUUAUGAUCCAGUUUGGCCUCAGAUAUUUCGAGAAGACUUUGAAACCUUUAAAACAAUUGACAGAAGUUGUGCACAAGAAAUGCUAAGGCCUUGUCCUUACCCUGAGGAAUAUCCUCCAUUAAAGCGUAUGAAUCAAAUGAGAAGUGCAAUCAAUAGCAUUAAUAUAAUUGACGUAGAAGAUAUUCAUGAGACAUUUUACAGGACACCAUUAAAUAUAAAUUUUACAGACUUACCACAAAACCAUGUUGGCGUGUCACAGCCGGCUUGUAAUGGAUGUGGGAAUUGUUUGGCUGGCUGUAACACAGGAGCAAAGAAUACGUUAGUGACAAAUUAUAUUCAAGAUGCAAUCAACUAUGGUGCUGAAGUUUUUGUUGGUGUUGAAGCGAUUUCGUUACAAAAAGAUUACGAGUCCUACCAAUGGCAAGUGUCUUACCAACAAACUGGUGGAAGUGAUAAAUCCGAAAAAGUGGUUCAAGCAAGUUUCGUGUUUAUAUGUGCUGGACCAUUAGGUUCGACUAAGAUAUUGAUGCAGUCUCGUGAAAGAGAGUUUGAAGUCUCAGAUCAGUUGGGAAAAAAGUUUUGUGGAAAUGGUGGUCUAUUCGGUGUGAGUUUUCGUGGCAAAGAGCAAUCAUUCGCUACAGGUUUGAGAACUGGUAUGUACAAACGUGGUAAACUGCCGAAAGGUGCUAGUCAACCUCCUGGCCCUGCAGUUUCCAGUUUUAUCGACAUAAGAAAAAAAAGAGGUGGCUUUAUGCUACAAGAUGUUACUGUUGCAGGAGCAUUUCUGCCACCUUAUGUUGUUGGAUCUGCUCUUUCUUCUGGUGCUAUGAGAAAACCUGACCCUUUCCCGCAUGGCCAACAAUGGAUACAAAUGCUUAAGAGUAUCGGUCAAAAUGGGGUGGAUAACACUCUUGGUCUAUAUUGCAUGACUCCUGACGAAGCAGACGGUGAGGUAGCUUAUGAGAAGGAGACUCGACAAGUGUAUGUCAAGUGGAAUAACGAUCACCAUCAACGCUUUUACUUCAGUGCCAGAACUGGUCUCGAAGAAGCAAUUGGUAGUUUGGGAGGUAAUAUGGGAUUGUCACCAAAAUGGUCAGCUCAGUUAGGAUCAGACGCUAUAACCAAGCACCCUCUUGGUGGUUGCCCGAUGGGAGAAUCUGGUCAUUAUGGUGUGGUAGAUCACAUGGGACGUGUUUUUAUAGGUAACACUGAAGACACGUAUGACGGAUUAUUUGUGGUUGAUUCAUCGAUCAUUCCGUGCGCACUUGGUGCAAAUCCUUCUUUCACAAUCACCUGUUUAGCUGAAAGAUGUAUGCGUCUAAUUGCCGAAAAUGAAAGGUGGACCAUAGAUUACACACUAGGGGUGAAAGGGAAAGGUGAUCAAGCCAGUACAGCUUUGUAAUAAAACGCGUAGUGUUAUUUUUUAUUAUUAUUAUUAUGAGCGGUGAAUAAUAUACAGUUUUACUAUGAAAUAUUUAAGUUUAUUAUUACUAAGUUUAUAAUUAUGUAUAAAUCCUGUAUGUUUGACCGCCAUUGUCGAUGCGGGCGAACAAGCCAGCAUCUUGUGGUGUCAUUUCAAUAUCAUUGAUGAAAAACGUCCAUGCAUUGGGUAAAAUUGUGAAUGAUCGAAGCAAAGAAAACAUAUUAACUUUUUUUUAUAUCACGACAAGAAUAAUGUCCUUAAAUUUCUCUGAUGACUGCUGCGCAUUCAACUCAUUUUUAAAUUGGAUUUUGUUUUUUUUUUACGGUCAAACUAGAUGUUAAGUAGAUUUCUGGUAACUCGAACCAUAUCAUCUCGAAGUAUUCUCCUUUAUUUUUCAUAUAAGAGCUUUUAUCGUUUUAGAAGCAUUCCUUAAACCUGGAAUGUUUUCGAGUUAUCAAGAAUUUAGUCUACAUCUGAUCAUGAAAGCGAAGGUUACAUGAUUUUUAAUUUUUAAUAAAACGGUCAUUAUUAUCGAAGUGCACACCAAUUUCAUACUCAUAUUUCUUAUACUUUUAAUUCUAUUCGUUUUUGAUUUAUAUUAGUUGCUUUUAAGUUUUUAAGAAAAAACCUUAUUUUCGUAUAGCGUUUUUAUCACUUUUUUAUUACCUGUUAGAUAUAUUACCAAAUGUUUAUUGAUCUGUUUUUGCGAAACCAAUUGAAUCUGUGUGUGCACGUUGGUGAGUUACGAAACGAUAUCUAGUCCCAGUCCUUUUUAACACUUUACAAAAAUAUUUGCUAUCUUUCUCACCACAUUUAAGAAACGAUAGUUUGCGUAUGUUGUCGUAAAAUGUGUAGAUAACUUUCUUUGCGAGGCGUGAUUUUGAUUAUCGACAGCUGUUAUGUGUGUGAUGUGCGUUACCGUAUACACGCAUAACUUUAGGUAUGUUUCUUGUAAAUUUUAUUUCGCAAAAAAAAAAAAAAUCCUUGCAUA